AUGGAUUCCGAUCCACAUUCAUCUGCAUUUUCGUUCUACGAUGCCAGCCAGGAUGUUCAACUGAACCUCACGCCCUCGCAGGGAGAGCUCAGCUCCACGUUCACGCCCAUAGUAGAGACAGAAAGAGUCAAGGUGAUAUGGGGAACAACCAUAAAUAUUCAAGAGGCAUCAGAGCAGUUCAAGGAGUUUAUCCGGAGGAACAGAGACUAUUACAGCAUCCUUGAGCAGAUGGAUCUCACCCAGGAGUUUGUGUUUGAUCUUAACUGCGAGGAUCUUGACGAUGAUCUUCGGGGCCAGCUUGCAACAUAUCCCCAGGAGGUACUUCCAAUUCUCCAGGGCUCUCUCCAAGAGAUAUACACAGAGAACUUUCCGAGCUUCAGUGGGUCUAUUAAAAUAAGGCCUUUUGGGAUAGGAAAGCCUCUUUCGAUAAGAAACAUAAAUCCAAGUGAUAUCGACAAGAUUGUACAAAUAACAGGGAUGGUUAUCAGAUCGUCCUCUGUGAUCCCUGAAAUUGUAAGGGCUUUCUUCAAGUGCUCAAAGUGCCAGCGUGAGUGCUUUGUGGAGAGCAUAAGGAAUGUGAUUGAAGAGCCAAGCAAGUGCGAGUGCGGGGGGAAGUACACCCAGCAGCUGGUUCACAAUGCGAGCGAGUUUGAAGAUAAGCAGAUAGCAAGGAUCCAGGAACUUCCCGAGGGAAUCCCUGAUGGGACAACGCCCAUGGCAAUGACGAUAGUAUGCAGAAACGAAUUUGUCGAUGGACUUAUCCCAGGAGACAGAGUUAAAGUAGUGGGGAUCUUGAAAGCAACGCCUGUGAGGCUCAAUCCUGUGAUGAGGAAAAUUAAGAGUACAUUUAGAACCUAUCUUGAGCUUCUCAGUUAUCAAGUGAUAAGUAGAAGGACCGAGGAAAAAGACCCUAUCGACAAGAUCGACGAGCUCAGAAGAAGACCCGAAGUGUAUGAGAUACUGGCAAACUCGAUAGCACCCUCUGUAUGUGGGAUGGAAGACACAAAAAAGGCCCUUCUUCUGCAACUGUUUGGAGGAGUUAGAAAGGAGCUUGGGAGUUCGAGGCUCAGAGGAGACAUAAACAUACUUCUGGCAGGAGAUCCUGGAAUAUCGAAAUCGCAGCUGCUAAGCUUCAUACAUAGGACUUCUGAAAGAGGAAUGUACACAAGCGGAAGAGGGUCCAGUGCAGUUGGGCUGACGGCAAGCGUGGCCAAGGACCCGGAUACAGGGCAAUUCAUUCUAGAAUCCGGGGCUCUUGUUCUAUCUGACAACGGGAUAUGCUGCAUAGACGAGUUCGAUAAGAUGAGCGAUACGACAAGAAGUGUACUGCAUGAGGUAAUGGAACAGCAGACAGUCUCCGUUGCGAAAGCAGGAAUCAUAACCACGCUGAAUGCAAGGUGCUCGAUCCUUGCAAGUUGCAACCCGAUUGAAAGCAAAUACAAUCCCAGAAAAAGCAUAGUUGAAAACAUCAACCUUCCCCCAACGCUGUUGAGUAGGUUUGAUGUUGUAUGCCUUCUGAUAGAUAAAUCUGACGAGUUCCAGGACAGGGCAAUAGGCGAUCACAUUGUCUCUUUAUAUUCCGAGGGUGUAGCAAAAAAGGAGCAUGUUGAUGCAGAUCUUCUUAAAGCAUAUGUGAGGGAAGCGAAGAGAAUAAUGCCGAAGCUGACCUCUGAAAGCAUGAAGAUGCUGACACAAGCAUAUGUCGAUCUUAGACAGAUGGAUAACGGAAAGACAAUAACAGCAACAACAAGACAGCUGGAGAGUUUAAUUCGACUGAGUGAGGCACAUGCAAGAAUGAGAUUCUCGAGCACUGUUGACAGCAAAGAUGUUAGAGAGGCAGUAAGAAUAAUAAGAGAAAGUCUUCUUAUGUAUGCAAUUGACCCAUCUACUGGGAAGGUGGACAUGGAUAUGGUAAUUACAGGGAGAAGCACGUCUAGAAAUAAGAUGCUUGAAAGCCUGAAGGAUGCAAUUCUCCUUAUGGUCAAAGACAAGGUGGAAGUUUCUGAAAUAGUCAAGAGGACAGGAGCAGACGAAAAGAUGGUACAGGAGGCCUUGGAAGAGCUUGUAUUGGAAGACAAGCUGAUAGGCUCUACCAAAGAGUCUUGCUACGAAAGGGUAGGCAAUUGA